AUGAUGUACGAGGUUUCCGACGGUGACUCUGUCCCGUCGCAAUCUCAGUCGUCAGCCGACUGCUCCCCCAGCCAAACAGCCCAGCUCCUCGCCUGCAAAGAGGCCUCGCCAGGCGCCCCUUCUUCUGACGCUUUGCAAAACUCCUCGGCCCCCAAUAUCUCUUCCCCUUCCGGCUCAGGCGACAUCUCCGGGGGUCCUCAGCUGUUGAGGAAAAACAGCCGCUCCAGGAAGGGGAAGGAGAAGGAGGAUGGGGAUUUUGAAGGAUAG